ACUUUCCUUGUGGGUAAAGAAUUGUGGUGCAGCAAUCUAAACCAUGAGUGUGUGUUGGUACGCUGCCAUGAUGAAAAAUCUCUCUCUCUCUCUCCCUCUCUCUCUCUCUCUCUCUCUCUCUCUCUCUCUCUCUCUCUCUCUCUCUCCAGUAAUUAGUUUUCUCGUAGUCAAGCACAACAUAGUUUUCAUAUGACAUUCAAAACACUACGAAUAACAAUUUAAUAGAGAUUCCUUUACAACAGAAUGUCAAGGAAAAAACAGCUAAAGGUACUAGGCCUUGCUGGCGCCCGAGAGUGUAAGAAAGGCAGGAAAAGUGAGUGGCGAGUGUGUGGGGCGACACUGUACCCUCCCCACGGUUUUGAAGGACAAAGUGAAAGAUGGAGGCAGAAAGAAGGGCCAGUGAGCUGCGUAUGCUUGACCUCUGAGUGGACGUAAGGAAAAAAAAAAAAUGACACGUUUCGGAAAUAACUUGUAUCAUAAGUAGAGAACGUGCAUCCCGUUAAGCAGCCGCGCAUUGCAAGGCCACGAGAGUACGUGGUAUGAUCGCAAGUGACACGUCCGGAAAUCAGCGUUUAAUUGCGUGUCUUAAUAGAAAAAAAUAGCUGAUUUCCAAAUCAUACAUCAAAGUAUGACCUCGUCUAGUUCAGGAGAGUCCUUCGUAUAAAUGCACUGGUGUGUGUAUGAUGUGUGUGUGAGUGUUAUUGCUAGUUCUCUCUCUCUCUCUCUCUCUCUCUCUCUCUCUCUCUCUCUCUCUCUCUCUCUCUCUCUCUCUCUCUCUCUCUCUCUGUCAGUAGUUGCACAGGUCUUCAAGGGUAUUUUUACGGUUUUAGUGACAGAUUAACAACAUUUCUACAUUAAUAACAGGAGAAACACCAUUGAAAACCCUGAUAAUCAUCUUUAUAGCUUUGAAAAACAGUCGUGAGGAAAGAGAGAGAGAGAGAGAGAGAGAGAGGGAGAGAGUAGGAGCAUUUCAGUUGAGCCUAUUCUGCCCUGGUUCGUGUUCGCUGCGGUGACACGGUGCCGCACUGAGUGAAGAUUGCGUUCAUAAUCACUUAUCGGGGGUGGAGUGGGGAAAGGAGAGUCAGGAAGUGAGGAUAUUUAUAUUAUUUGACAUAUUAUUUGAUAGCAUGUCAACCUUUGUGGGUGUGUGUGUGUGGGUGGGUGUUGGAUCAGUGACAGGUGGCGCUGGGGAGUUACCACGGCGAGCGGCUGGCUGGCUGCAGUGUUUUGGUCAGCACUGGUCAGUCUUGCCCUACACGCUCUAUUAACCAGUGUUUCCGUCUUCCCGACACCUUCUUCCUGCACCAAGCACCGUCAAGCAUCACCAGAGAGGCACGAGUACGUAAGCUAUCCAACAUCAGAACAGUAUAUGAAUAUGGCAAAUGCUGUUUUGACAUCAUUUCCUGCCAUCCUGAGAAACAGUGAUCUCGAGGAGCAUGAAUUGCAGCUGCAAUGGAAAUUGCGCAUCCAGCGCAAGUUUCAGAAUUCAAGAAAGAGGCAGGAUUCCUCAGUGACUGAGGUGAUGUCAAGGAAAAAGAAGAUCCCUUGCAUAGCGCCAAAAGAGACUACGUGUCCACUGAUGUAUGGAGUAAAGGCUUACCUUCCACCAAGGCCCCAUUCAGAAGAUGAUGAGUCAUUAGAGAGACAUAGACAGUGGCUUGCUCUACAUUGGAUGAAUAAAGAUCCCGAGUUAGAUAAGAUAAUCAAGGAGUUCCUGAGAUUAGAACCACAAGCGGAUGAACCAGACCGAAGAGUAGCAGUUUUGAAAGGGCUGGAGAAAUAUAGGCUCCCAAUAAUUGCCAUUCUCAAAAAAAGAAAAGCAGUUCCUCUGUAUAUGGAAACCUUACUUGAACUCUAUGACCACGAUGAAAGUCAAUGCAAGUAAUGUCUAGUUCAAUUUGUUCAUUUCAGUAGCUGGUAGCAAUUUAAUAUAUGUAUCGUUUCAUCAUUAGCAAUGCAUCUUUCACUUUUAUAAGCCUAGUAUUCAUGAAACUAUGCUGCAUGCAAAAACCAAACAUUGUAUUAAGCAUGACCUAUCUAACUGUAAUGCUUGCACCAAUUUCUAUAAAGGUACUAAUUUAAUUGUUAAAUUCCUGCUCUUCUAUCAAAUUUUUGGCUAAGUGCUAUGGCUAAAUAAUUGUUUGCAGCAUAAGUGAUGUUAAAGAUUUUAAUAGGUGUAAAGCAUCUCUCUCUCUCUCUCUCUCUCUCUCUCUCUCUCUCUCUCUCUCUCUCUCUCUCUCUCUCUC